AAUAAUACUUGGAACUCAGCAGCAUAGUCUUUUCGAAGCGGCUUUCGGUUUAGCUUCAGAUCCGAGCAUCGUUGGGCGAUAAUCAUGUCAUCUUCCGUAUUCUCCACCGUUCGGUCAUCAUUCUCUCUUCUCGCCUUUAUUUUUCUAUUCAUUUCUCCGGUUUUCGCUUCCGAGUCAGAUCACAAGUAUCAACCUGAUGAUCCAGUUACUUUAUGGGUGAAUAAAGUUGGUCCGUAUAACAAUCCACAAGAAACAUAUAACUAUUACAGCCUUCCUUUUUGUCGUCCGGGAACUAAUCCGGCUCACAAAUGGGGUGGUCUUGGUGAGGUCCUUGGUGGAAAUGAACUGAUCGAUAGCCAAAUUGAUAUAAAGUUCCAAAAGAAUGUGGACAAGGGUACCAUUUGUCGACUGGAACUUGAUGAAGCAAAGGUCAAAGAGUUCGAGGAUGCAAUUGAGAACAGUUAUUGGCUUGAAUUCUUCAUGGAUGACCUGCCUUUAUGGGGCUUUGUUGGCGAGCUGCAUCCUGAUAAGAACAGUGAUAAUGGAAAGCAUGUCAUCUACACACAUAAGAAUAUUGUUAUUAAAUACAAUAAGAAUCAGAUUAUUCAUGUCAAUCUCACUCAGGAGAGUCCGAAACCUCUGGAAGCAGGGAGAAUAUUAGACUUGACAUAUUCUAUCAAAUGGAUUCCAACUAAUGUCACUUUUGCGCGUCGCUUUGAUGUCUAUUUAGACUAUCCUUUUUUCAAUAUGCAGAUCCAUUGGUUCUCUGUUUUCAAUUCGUUCAUGAUGGUUAUCUUCCUCACGGGUUUGGUGUCAAUGAUCUUGAUGCGGACUCUGAGAAAUGACUAUGCUAAGUAUGCUCGGGAAGAUGAUGAUCUGGAAACUUUGGAAAGGGAUGUGAGUGAAGAGUCUGGUUGGAAACUUGUCCAUGGUGAUGUUUUCCGGCCACCUUAUAAUUUGGCUCUGCUUUCUGCUGUUGUUGGCACAGGAGCCCAGUUAGUGUUGCUUGUUCUCCUUGUCAUCUUAUUGGCAAUUGUGGGAACAUUGUAUGUCGGGAGAGGAGCAAUUGUCACAACUUUUAUACUGUGUUAUGCUUUUACAUCGUUCAUUUCUGGUUAUGUGAGUGGUGGGAUGUACUCACGCAAUGGGGGUAAAAGUUGGAUAAAGUCAAUGAUCCUUACUGCGUGUCUGUUCCCAUUUAUGUGCUUUGGGAUUGGUUUCAUCUUGAACACAAUCGCUAUCUUUUAUGGAUCCCUAGCAGCCAUUCCUUUUGGUACAAUGGUGGUUGUAUUUGUAAUUUGGGCUUUCAUUUCAUUCCCCCUGGCCCUUCUUGGUACAGUUGUUGGAAGAAACUGGAGUGGUGCUCCAAAUAAUCCAUGCCGGGUGAAGACCAUUCCUCGCCCCAUUCCAGAGAAGAAAUGGUACCUGACCCCCUCCGUGGUGUCUUUGAUGGGAGGACUUCUGCCAUUUGGCAGCAUAUUUAUCGAAAUGUAUUUUAUCUUCACGUCCUUCUGGAAUUACAAGGUAUAUUAUGUGUAUGGCUUCAUGCUGCUGGUCUUCCUGAUUCUUGUCAUUGUAACCGUUUGUGUGACAAUUGUGGGGACAUAUUUCUUGCUAAAUGCUGAGAACUAUCACUGGCAGUGGACAUCAUUCUUCUCUGCCGCCUCAACAGCAGUCUAUGUGUAUCUGUACUCCAUAUACUAUUACCACGUGAAAACCAAGAUGUCGGGCUUCUUUCAAACCAGCUUCUACUUCGGAUAUACUUUGAUGUUUUGUCUUGGUUUGGGAAUUCUCUGCGGGGCCGUAGGUUAUAUUGGUUCCAAUUUGUUCGUACGGAGGAUCUAUAGAAACAUCAAGUGUGACUAGAGCUUCACUGUCGGGAAGUUGAACCUUCAGCACUUUCUAAUCGUCGAGGCGAUAAGUGCUGAUAGGAAGCUUUCUGAUCAGGUAUGGGGAACACAGCAAAUCCUAUUGAUGAAAUCACAUAGUUUCAUGGUAAACAUGUAUUCUUGGUACUAUGGAACGGGGAAAGCCCAGAGAUUUUUGUAUCGCAUCUUUUUAUUUUUAUUUUUUAUUCUGUCUGUAACUUGAAGCUCUGAUUUAGAUUUCAGAUAUUGUUUUAUAAUUCAGAAGCUAGCUAACGUAUUAGUGUCUUUUCUACUUGUUA